AAUUUUUUAAAACAAUAAUAAUAUUAAAUAUAAAUAAUAAUAAAAAAAUGAAAUUUAAUAUUUUAAUAAUUUUGAUUAUUUCCUUAUUUAUUAAUGAAUUAAGAGCUGUUAAUUGUCCUAAUGGUGCUGCAAUUGCGAAUGGAUAAUCUGAUACAGGAGCUGCAGAUAUAAAUACUUGUACUCAUUGCUAAAAACACUUUUACUUUAAUGGUGGUAAUCCUGCAGGUCAGGCUCCUGGUGCUGCACAAUUCAAUCCAGGUGUUAGUCAGUGCAUAGCUUGCCAAGUACACAAAGCCGAUUCUCAACACAGAUAAGGUGGUGAUGCUAAUUUAGCCGCAUAAUGUAGCAACUUAUGUCCUGCUGGCACUGCAGUUGAAGAUGGAUAACCUACUUUUACUUAAUCCCUCUCAUAAUGUGUUAAUUGUAAAGCUAACUUUUACUUUAAUGGUGGUAAUCCUACAGGUCAGGCUCCUGGUGCUGGAUAAUUCGAUCCAACUUAAUUGAUUGUAAAUCCUGAUAAUAAUCCUGAAGUUCCUAAUGUUUCUGGCCCUAAUGGUUAAUGCGUAGCUUGCUAAGUAAACAAGUCUGAUUCUCAAUUAAGACCAGGUGCUUAGGCUAAUUUAGCCACAUAAUGUAACAAUGAAUGUCCUACUGGCACUGCUAUUCAAGACGGAGCAAUAUUUAUUUAUACUUAAUCAAUCUCAUAAUGUACUUUUUGUAAAGUUGACUUUUACUUUAAUGGUGGCAAUCCUUCAGCUCAGAAUCCUGGUAAUGGAUAAUUCACUCCAGGUUAAUUGAUUGUAAAUCCUGAUGCUGCUACUGUUGCUUAAAUUCCUAUGGUUCCUGGCCCUAAUAGUAAAUGCGUAGCUUGCGAAUCAAAAAAGACCAAUUCUUAAUCCAGAUCAGGUCUUGAGGCUAAUUUAGCCGCAUAAUGUGGCACUGAAUGUCCUGCUGGCACUCUUGUUACAGACGGAGUAACACCUACUUAUACUGUAUCACUCUCAUAAUGUGUUAAUUGUAAAGCUGGCUUUUACUAAAAUAGUAAUUUCGAAGCAGGUAAAAGUUAAUGCAAUAAGUGUGCAGUAAGUAAAACUGGUUCAGCAUCUGUUCCAGGUAAUAGUGCUACUUCAGCCACAUAAUGUUAAAACGAUUGCCCUGCUGGUACAGUGGUUGAUGAUGGUACAUCAACUAAUUUUGUAGCUUUAGCAAGUGAAUGUACUAAAUGUUAGGCUAACUUUUAUGCAUCAAAAACAUCUGGUUUUGCAGCAGGUACUGAUACAUGUACUGAAUGUUCUAAAAAAUUAACUUCUGGUGCUACAGCUAAAUUAUAUGCUGAAGCUACUUAAAAAGCAUAAUGCGCCAGUUCCACUUUCGCAAAAUUUUUAUCAAUGUCCUUAAUAUUUAUUUCUUUCUAUUUGUUGUGAUGAAUAAAAUAAUACUUGUUAUUUAUUUAUUUUAUUUUAUGUUUAAUAAAUUAAAAAUAAAAUUCAAAAUUUAUGAAAAUAUUUUUUUAUAUAAAUA